AUGGUUUCCAGCAGUAAGGCUUCUACUGUCAUCUAUACAACAAUCUGUCCUCAUUUCAUCUUUAAAGAAGUUUGGUUUUUUGUCAGGAAGCACGAUGAGCACCUGAAAGCUUUUGACCGGGAAGUAAAUGCAUUUGUGGACUAUAUGUUUGGACCUCGAGAUUCCAGAGUUAGAGGAUGGCUCCUUUUGGAUUCUUACCUUCCUACCUUUUUCCUCACUGUUGCGUACCUGCUGUGCAUAUGGUUGGGCAACAAGUUCAUGAAGAAUAGGCAGCCUUUCUCUCUCAGGGCUCACCUCAUUGUAUAUAACCUUGGGAUUACGCUGCUCUCCUUGUACAUGCUCAUAGAGCUCAUCCUUGCCACGUGGGAAGGAGGCUACAACUUGCAGUGCCAGAACCUCCACAGCGCUGGGGAGGCUGACAUCCGGGUAGCCAAGGUGCUAUGGUGGUAUUAUUUUUCUAAAGUAAUUGAAUUUGCAGACACUAUCUUCUUUGUACUGAGGAAGAAAAGCAGCCAGAUCACCUUCCUCCACGUGUACCACCAUGCCACAAUGUUUAACAUUUGGUGGUGUGUUCUGAACUGGAUACCUUGUGGGCAAAGUUUCUUUGGACCCACUUUGAAUAGCUUUAUCCACGUGCUCAUGUACUCCUAUUACGGACUGUCAGUCAUCCCUUCUAUGCGAAAGUAUCUGUGGUGGAAGAAAUACCUCACUCAGGCACAGCUGAUCCAGUUUCUGCUCACCAUUGUGCACACACUCAGCGCAGCUGUGAAGCCAUGUGGGUUUCCCUUUGGCUGCCUCAUGUUCCAGUCUUCCUACAUGGCCACACUGGUCAUCCUCUUCGUUAACUUUUACAUUAAGACAUACCAGAAAGUACCUUCAAGAACAGCUGCAAAGGAAACCCCUGUCACAACAGAAGUCAAGAAUGGAUUCCAUAAGAACUACUUGGCUGCUUCAAAUGGAUUCCUGGACAAUAAGAAAGCACAAUAAGUACAGUACUUCCUGGGAUCUUCUUUUUUCUAAGAAAAAAAAAGACAAAAAUGAAACAAGAGACUGAAU